AUGAGCUUCGAGCGCACGCCGCGCGACGCCGCGACCACGCUGCCGCCCCGGUACAGCGCGCCGUCUUUCUCGAGCUCCGCGCUGCAGCAGUCGAAGGUGCAGCUGUCUUGGGACGCGGAUGAGUCGGAGCGGACCCAGGACUACGCCGCCUUCCUCGCCUCCUCCUCCGACUCGGACGGCGAGGCGGACUUCGAGUUCGAAGGCGCCGCGCCGCCGCCGAAGCGCGGCUCGGCGAAGCGGCUCGGCGAGCUGCUCCGAACGGGUGGAGCCGCCGACCUCAAGCAGAAGAAGGGCGCCAAGGGCCGGAGGGCGAAGGCGGGAGGCGGCGCGGGUCCAUCGGACGACGGCUUCAAGCUCGACAUGGACGACGCGCGCUUCAGCCGGCUCUUCUCGUCGGCGGACUACGCCGUCGACCCGAACGACCCGCGCUUCCGCAAAGGCGUGCGCAAAGAGGGCAAGGCGGCCGGCUCGGGAGCCAAGAGGCGCGAACGGCCUCUCUAG